UGUUGCUUCAACUUGUCCCGGACUCCGUGUCGGCUACGUAACUUUUCGCACCUACCGGUUGAAUUUCUGAAUCGAUUGAUCGUCGUCUGCGAACGGAUUUUGGCGCGGAACUCAAAGCAAUUAAAAUUCGAAAUUGAAUUAGUGAUUAAAUUAUGCCUGCACGACAGGUAAUGUGAACGGAAGGAAGAAAUUAAAAUUGAUGCAUAAUAUUUUUAGUGCAAGUUUGUCCAAAGUGCGUUCGGUGUUCCGCGUGAAAGAAGCGGAAACGGAAAUUGAAUAAAUUGCAAUGCAAAUCAUAUGCAUAAAGGGAGUGAGCCGUUAAUUUUGGUGAAAAAGUGAAGGAAAUCCUAAAAAAUGCAAAUCAAGUAGAAUUCAAAAUAAAUAUCCAAAGUGUAAACAAAAAGUGGAAAUUGUUUGUGAAAUAGAUAUUAAUAAAAGCGUAAACGGACGAGCGGAAAUAUAAUUAUUUUGCAAAUAUCCCGCAUAAGUGCCGAGUGUUGGAAUAUCCAUUUCCCGCCCCCGAAAACCACCCAGUGUUUGUUUCUUUUAUUUCUAAAAAAUUAUACAAAUUCGACGAGUGAAUGUUUACCGGCCAGUGGUCGGGGGAAAAACAAAGAGCCCGUAAGAGUGUUGGGCGUAAACAAAAACUUGAAAACUUAUAAUUAUUGCCUGCGAGGCCAUCAGCUGAAAAGUCAACAAUUCGGUGGAGACUCGAGCGCAGAGUGAAUCGCAAAUGUGAACGCCGUCAACUAUGAGGAAACUUGGCCAGCAGAAUGCAUCAUUCGACCAAAGUACCGAGUAGGAUUGUGCUGAUUCUCCUGCUGGUGCUAGUACGCAAUGCCGUUGGUCAGGCUCCCAGGGAAAACGCCACCAAUCCCACUCUGAUAUCCCUGGUCCGGAGCUCGGAAAAGGAACCGGAGCAGAUGGAGUCGCAUCGGUAUGUUACCGGCUUGUCGGAACCUAUAGCAAUGGAACCCUUAACAAGGAUGCGUCUAAACCCCAAUCCUGAUGGCGAAAUCACAGAGCUGACCACAAAUGUCACGCUCUACAUGGAGAAAAUACCACGCCUACAGGUGCGAUGGCAGGAUAAUUUGCCACAAGGCACUUCGUACAAUGUUCUUGUAAGCGCGGUGAACAACAGUCGUUGUCCGGAUGCGCCGUGCAGCGAGUACGGAAUCAAAGAAAAGAAUGCAUCUGCGGAGACCCACUCCGUCAACCUGCCCGUUAAUCCCAAUCUGAACGUGGAGUCCGUGGACUGCAACUACAUGUUCGGCUGCCAGUACCAGGUCAUUGUGGAGACAUCCAACGCGAUGGUCAGAAGAUCUGCUCGCGUCUACAUUCCACAGUGCUUAGAGGGCAAGUGCUCUUGCCAACUGGCGCCCACUCCGCCAAAGGUCCUGGCCGUGGCCAAAAUGCUUAGCAACGAGACCAUCAGCAUCAAUCUCUCGAUUCUGGCCAGCGAGCUGUUGCGCAAGGAACAGGACUCCCAUCUGCACGAGACAUUGAGGACAUAUAAAAUGCAGCUGAAAAUCAAUGAGGAGACAAACCCAUCGCUUCCCUGGGGCGGGGUACUGAAGCAUCUGAUGACCCGCGUCUACAAACUCAGCGAACUUAACUUCAGGGCAACUCCCAAAGGAUUCGAGGGCGUAAUGAAGUUGGGACUGGGCACGCAACUCAAGGAGAAGGCUUCCCUCAGCCUGCAGGCUGUGAUUAUCGAUCCUACGGGCUGCGAGGGACCACGCAGUGUAACCAAGGUGCCAGUGCCUGCAAAUCCUGUGCUGCUAACAGAAGGCGAUAGUGUGAGCAACUCCAUAAUUGUGAUGAGCGCCAUGCUGAUUGCCAUUAUCCUAGCUGGCCUGAUUAUGCUGCUUCUUCGUCGCCGAAGAGCCAGGACAACGGCCAAGCUGCGCAAGCAGGAGCAGAUCUACAUCCAGACCUUCGCCACCUCCGCCAUAGAAAUGGAGGACAAUGUCAACUACGUCGACAAGUAUGUAGAGAAGUCACAGGUCCUGGGACUGGCAGACAUUUUCGAAGUUCCCCACUCGGCCAUCCAAAUUGGCCGGAUGUUGGGCGAGGGAGCCUUUGGCCAGGUGCACGAGGCCACUGCCAUCAACUUGCGCCGGAUGAGGGGCACCACCAUCGUAGCAGUGAAGCAACUGAAACCCAAUCCCAAGGCGGAUGAAGUGGCUGAGUACCUGGCAGAGAUCGAGAUGCUCAAGGGCGUGGGCACUCACCACAAUGUGGUCUCUUUUCUGGGCUGCUGCACCAUUAAGCCGCCAUAUCUGAUGAUAAUGGAAUACGUAAACAAGGGAAACCUGCUAAGCUAUUUGCGAACUGUGCGUAAGGAGGCCAGCAAACUGAGGAACAGAAACGCCAACUACACUUCCUGCAGGCCGAUUAUGACCAGGACCAACAGCACGUCCUCGCCCAAGUCACAAAGCGUGAACUACAUCGAAUUGAAGGCGUCCAGCCAGACCAUUGAAAUGCCACAGGAGGACUCCACUGCUCACAUGAAUGGCAUUCGGCAGCCUCAUCCCUCCUUUGCCGAAACCACUUACACCAUUGUCGAGGACGAAGAUGCAUUCGAGUACAUAUUGGAUAACAAGGAAUUGCACAAUUUCGCCCUGCAAAUUGCCAAUGGGAUGCGUUUCCUGGAAGAGCAGGAAAUAACGCACCGCGACUUGGCUGCACGCAACGUGCUUAUUGACAGCAAUAAGACCCUUAAAAUUUCAGAUUUCGGCCUUUCCAGGCACGGAAUUUACACGAACACAAGGACCCGAAAGCUCCCUCUUCGAUGGCUGUCCAUUGAGGCGAUUCGCGAAAAUGUCUAUUCCAGCAAGAGCGACAUCUGGGCCUAUGGCGUAGUGCUCUGGGAGAUCGGCACCCUUGGCGCCUCGCCAUAUCCGACGAUCAGCAACGACGAGCUAAUACCAUUCCUGAUGGCUGGCAAUCGCCUCGAGCGUCCAGAGAUCUGCACUCCGCAGGUGUACACCAUCAUGCUGCAGUGCUGGCUUGAGGAGCCCGAGGAGCGACCCACCUUCGACGCCCUGUACAAGGUGCUCAGUCCAAAGACUACCUACGUGGACAUCAACAGUCUGAGUGAUGAUUACGUCUUUCCGCCGAUCAGUGAAAAUAGGGAAUAAGCUCGCGUAGACCUCCUCCUACUGAGAAUAUACUUUAUAUGUCCUCAAUCGUUAGUUGCUAGUUAUGGAACGUCCUUGUUCGUUAAUUGUUAUACGAUUAUCCGAAGUGUACAAAUAUCUCCGUCUGUGUGUGCAUAAUGCAGAGUUUAAAAUGUGCCGGAACAAAGUUUGAAUUAAGUACAACUUGAGUUAGUGUUUAGUCAGUAGGCUUUAGAUUGUCGGCACAGUGUCGGUAUAACUUUACGUGCGAAGUUUUCCAAGCUGUGUACACAUUAAGGUAGUUAAGGACAUUAAACGGACUUCACAGUCUGUCACAAUCCGUAUACGAACGU